AUGUCGAAAGCAAUCUACAUAUCCCCAAUUGAUGGCAAACCCGGCAAGCCCGGCCAGGUCUACUACCCGCUCUCCCUGCGCACCGUGCCCAAGCCUUCCCCGCAAGGGGGUGAGCUAUUGGUGAAAAUGAUCGCCGCCGCGCUCAACCACCGCGACGUUUUCCUUCGCCAACACCUCUACCCAGGCGUGACUUUCGAUGUGCCCCUGCUCGCAGAUGGAGUCGGUAUCGUUGUCGGAGCCGGCCCUGACGUUCCCAACGCGGAUAAAUGGCAGGGCAAGCGGGUGAUCCUGAGCCCCGGCACUGGCUGGAAGGAUUCGCCGGAUGGGCCAGAAGAGGCGACCGGAUACCGGAUUUUGGGAGGCACAAAGUUCUUGGAUAAGGGAACGCUGCAGGAAUAUGUGACUAUGGAGUACUCAGAGGUCGAGGAGGCCCCCGAGCAUCUCUCGGAUGCCGAAGCGGCGGCUCUGCCCCUGACCGGCUUGACGGGGUGGAGAGCCCUGAUCUCCAAGGCUGGUGAGCGGAACUCUGGAAAGGGUGCUGCUGUUUUGGUUACGGGUAUUGGUGGUGGUGUGGCUCUGAUGGUGCUGCGAUUUGCUGUUGCCAGGGGUGCGCACGUCUUCGUGACGAGCUCGAGCCAGGAGAAGAUCCAGAAGGCUAUUGAGCUGGGUGCUGCCGGUGGAGUUAGCUAUAAGGAAGAAGGUUGGGAAAAGAAGCUGUUGGGUAUGCUCCCUGCUGGUAAGAAGAACUUCGAUGCCAUCAUCGAUGGUGCUGGCGGUGAUUCUGUUGAGAAGUCUGUCAAGCUGCUCAAGGCCGGUGGUGUCCUCUCCGUCUAUGGAAUGACCGUCUCGCCUAAGAUGCCAUUCACAAUGGCGGCUGUUCUCAAGAACAUUGAUGUCCGCGGUUCCACCAUGGGCUCCCGCAAGGAGUUCAAGGAUAUGAUUGAGUUUGUCAACGCCCAGAAGAUUCGUCCUGUGAUUUCGCGAGUGCUUCAAACCGAGCUGGACGACUUGUCUGCGAUUGACGGGCUAUUUGAGGACAUGAAGAAUGGCUCACAGUUUGGUAAACUGGUUAUUGAAUUUGGCAAAGCUGCGGGCAGCAAGUUGUAA